AUGUUCGUCCAAGGGACUAUCAUCUGUGCCCUUGUAGCAAAUGCAAUUGCAUCGUCUAUACCUUCGUCGUUUCUCCUACCGGAGCCAUCAGGUCCGUUCAAAAUCCAGAGAGAAAUUCUCGAACUCACAGACUGGUCCAGGAAGGAUAUCAAUUCCACUCUCCCUCGCCGGUUGAUGGUUUCUCGAUUCGACCCCAUACCCGAGAAGCACUGCAUUAGAACAGAGGACGUACCUACCUUCCCUCCUGCGUCUGCAAAGCUAGAAGAUGCAAUUCUCCAAGCUGCGUCUGGCGGCCACUGGGUGGACGGGCUCCUAGCAGCGUCUAGAAUAAGGGUAUGCGCUGAUGUGAAGAAGGGGUACCAAACUGACUUCCACGGGGAUAACCAUGGCUUCCCCAUCCUGCUGUUCUCACCUGGCGGAAACACAACUCGACUCGUGUACUCGUCCAUUGCCCAGACAAUUUCCAGCGCAGGAUACACGGUCAUAACCAUCGACCACCCACAUGACACGGACAUCGUGGAGUUUCUCAACGGCGACAUCAUCACCGGCGGCAAAGUCACUUUCUCCAACCCGUCCGUCCUCCCCUUCUGGAACGACGUGCGUGUUCAAGACACUUUAUUCGUGCUCAACCAGGCCCUCGAGACUUCACCCCACGCCCGCAUAGGCAUGCUAGGCCAUUCAUUCGGUGGCUCCGCCGUGCUCUCCUCCAUGGUCAAAGACGGUCGUAUAUCAGCCGGCAUCAACCUCGACGGAGGGCUAUGGGGUGAUGCAGUCAACACGGGGUUGGGGGGUAGAAAGAAACCCCAACCCUACCUGCAAUGGGGAGCGUAUACGCAUAAUCGGCGCAAUGAUACAUCCUGGGAGACGCUUUGGAAGGCCAUGGAGAGGCUUCACCCGCAUGCAUGGAAGAAGGAACUUGGCAUUCCGGAAGGACGACAUAAUACCUUUAGUGAUUUCCCAGCCAUUAUUGAUGCAGGUGGAGUAAGGGAUGUUAUUGACAAGGCUAGCAUCGACGUGCUGGUAGGGGAUAUUCCCGCCGUUAGAAGCCUGGAAUUUAUCAAGGCGUAUGUUCAUGACUUUUUCCGGUUUUCGCUCUUCGGGAAAGAUGAAGGGCUUCUCAGGGGGCCAAGCCAGAAGUACCCUGAGGUCGUCUUUCUGGACUAA